GUCCGAUCGACAAUGCGCAGCGGGUAUGCCUUGGCCACUCUCUCGCCAGCGCCCGGGGUCGAGAGGUUUAUAUGUACCAGCCUCCUGACCCUCGAACGCCGAUAUCCCGUGUGCACCUGUCUAUCCCAUCCGGAAAUUUCACUCGUUUUUCUGUUUUCUUGAAAGUUCUCGUCCUUCAUUCGCCAUGUUGCACGCCACCACUCUCUUGUUGCUGCCUUUGGCAGCGAUUGCUGCACCACUCGAGUCCAGGCAGCACGAUCACGGGGCGGCCACUGGCGGCACUGGUGCCACCGGAGGUGCUGCGGGUGCUGGAUCUGCUGGAGCUGCUGGAGGAAGCAGCGGCCUCGCUGGACUACUUGGAGGAUCUGGAGGCGAGGGCGGAAGCAGUGGCCUCGCUGGACUUUUUGGAAAAGGCAGCGGCUCAGGUGGCAGCGGUGGUCUCGCCGGACUACUUGGGGGUGGGUCCAAUGGAUCCAGUCCCUUCGCUGGUUUGUUCGGUGGAGGCGAUCCCUUGACGCCAUUCAAGACGUACGAAUUGGAGCCCAAGAUUCGAAAGGACGCCAAGCGUGUCAAGUAUGCAUGGGGCCCGUAUGAGCUGCUCGGUGCUAGUGCGGACAAACCCGCUGGAAGCUUCUCCAUGGAUCCAAAUGGUCAAUCGUUCAUGUCCUCAGUGACUGGAGUUGCCGGUCCAGCUGCAGUAUUGGCUGGCAAGGUUGGCUUGAUGUAUGAAGAUGGCUGUGAGGCGAACAUUGAGACUGGGAUUUACACCCAUCACAUCCUCACCCGGGCAACGGGCAAGAAAGAUGUUCCUUUCGUUGGCCGAUGCCCGACCGAGGAUGGCAAGCCGGCUAACUCAAGCUCUGGCUUAUCCAGCCUCCUUGCCGGCCUCAAUAUCGGGAGCGGCUUCAUCGGCGCUGGAGAAGACAAUGGCAAUGAGCCGAACAUGUACACGAAUAGUGACGGAACCUAUCCGUCCGCGUUCAACAUUGCUGCCGGGGAGAAAUUCAGUGCCCAGCUUGACCUAGUCAACUACAAGGAGACCACACAAAAGCUUUACAUAACCUUCGAUAUUGAGUAUCUUGAGGGUUCGGCCGAAAACGAUGCAACCUCGGCCCUACUGAGUGUUACAGGCUGUGGGGCUGACCCGAUUGCCACGAGCAAAGACGGCCCGGCGUCCACCAAGAGCAAGAAAUGGGGCAUUCUUUCCGACGGAUACAUCGUCUCCGCCAAGGGCCAUCUUCACGACGGAGGUGAUAAGAUGGUGUUAUUCCUCAAUGAUAAGGAAGUCUGCACAUCCGAAGCCAUCUACGGUGGCGCUGGAGGCACCACCACGAUCAAUGGGAAGGAAUGGGAAAUGCUCAAUGGCAUGAGCCAGUGUAGCAACUCCAUCGCCGUCAAGGCAGGCGACUAUAUCUCCAUGGAAGCUUUCUACGAUCUUGCCAAGCACCCCCUUCGCGAGGACCAAGGUGGCGCGGGGCAUGACGAUGGACACAGCUUGGGCAUCAUGGGAAUGUUCUCGCUUUCGUAUGCUGCAGGUGGCGCAUCGUCCAACUCGACCGCAGCGUGAACGGCUGGCUAGUUGUAGGAGUUGGGAGCGCGUCUUGUGUUCCAGUGUGAAGCAGCAGGCCUUCGAAUCUGAUAGAAUGCUUUUGAUCUUAAAUAUAGGCUCUCGAGGCUGGGUGUGAUCAACCACUAUUAGUGCAGUACAGAGUGCGCUAUAUUAUUAUGUCUGCCUCG